AUGGCAGUUAUAAAAGUGACUUAUAACCAAAUCUCUCGUCGUUUUGAUAUUUCUUCAAAUACCACUUGGGUUACCUUAGAAUCUCAACUUCGUUCUCUUUUUAAACUUCCUACUAAUUCUUCUAUUUCUCUCUCUUAUACUGAUGAAGACGGCGAUGCUAUUACAUUAUCUAGUGAUUUAGAACUUUUCGAAGUUUUAUCGUCAGUUCAUGAUAGUAGUAGUAAUAAUAGUAAUGGAUCCGUAUUGAAAUUCGUUUUAGAUGUUCAUGAAUAUAAUAGAGAAAUUUCUCGAGAAAGUGAUAAUACAUAUUUCAUUAACGAUAUUCCUGAACGGAAAGAAAAAAAUGCGGGAUUUACUACCCAUCAUAAUAGAGAGCGAGAAGAAUAUGAAGAAUAUAAGCCAUUAAAUAAAAAUAAUCUUCACGUAACUAUUACUGAAGAAGCUGAAGAACCCACUUUUGAACCUAAUAUUUUUUCAAACGAUUUCGUGAAAACCCUCGGUUCUUCGUCCAAAUCAAACCGUGAAGAAAAUGAUAAACAAGAAGAUAAAAAUAAAGAUGAAAAAUCCUCAUCACAAGAAUCACCUUAUAAUCGACGUCAUUUAUUUAUUGAUUCUCGACUUCCGCUUUUUGUUCAUCCAUUAUUAUCUAAUCGUUCUCGAUUCUCACCUUUUGGACAUCAUUAUCAACCAUCUUAUUCACAUACUUCACAUCCUUCAUUUAGUGAUUGUGAAAUAUUAUGUCCUCGUUUCUCUUCCAAUCCAAGAUUUAAUUCAAAUAAUAACUGUUGCAAUAAUAGCAGCAAUAAUCAUUGUAUAAUUGUUUUAGGAUUUAAAAGGAUCGUUAAAGUUAUACUUUCAAUCUUACUUUUUAUCACUCUUAUGAAAUUAUUUUUCGCUGCUUUCUGUCCAUUAUUAAUUCUCUUUUUAUUAGGGAAAUUAUGGACUAGAGUAAGUUCUAAUAACCUAAGACCUUAUCCUGAAUCUUUUGGAUUUGGUAGAUGUCAUAGUAUUAGUAUUCAUUGUAAAAACGAGGAAGGAGAGGAAAAAGAGGAUGAAGAGGAUGAAAAUGAAUUAAGAUAUUUUAGUAGAAGGAGAUUUGGUGGACCACCAAGAUGUCAUAGAAGUCAAUUUUCUGAGGAAUUUAAACGAAGAGAAUGUCAACAACAACAACAUGAAAUCAAUAAAAAGUUAGAAACUUUAAAAUCAAUGGGUUUCAAUUUAAAUGAUGAAAUUUUGAAGGAAUUAGUUAAGAGAUCUAAUGGAAAUUUAGAAAGAGUUGUUGAGAGAUUAUUGGCAUCUCAGUAA